UGUCAACUGUAGACCAGUAAUACGUGCAGGACAAAGCGCUUUGGAGAAGGGAUACACCUCAGCUCGAACAGGGACUAUCUCCUCAUAUUUUUCAGAUUUGUUUGAGUCAGCGUCAGCGCGCCAGGAUGCCUUUCCUCGGACAGGACUGGAGGUCACCGGGUCAGAGCUGGGUAAAAACCGAGGAGGGAUGGAAAAAGACAACGGCAGACGACAAAAACAACAACGUCUCCGUGCAGAGCUUCUGCAAAGCUGAGGAGGAGGAGUGUUUCAACAAGGAGAACCUGCUGCUCUCUCUCAGCUACGACAUGGCUGCCAAGAAGAGGAAGAAAGACCUAAUGAACAACAACACCAAGGUCCCCUAUUUCCACAGGGAAAAGUGGAUUUAUGUUCAUAAAGGAAGCACCAAGGAGCGCCACGGAUAUUGUACACUGGGAGAGGCCUUCAACCGCUUAGAUUUCUGCAGCGCCAUCAAGGAGACGAGGAGAUUUAAUUACGUCGUCCGGCUCUUGGAACUUAUCGCAAAGUCCCAGCUCCCCUCGCUCAGCGGAGUGGCGCAGAAAAACUACAUGAAUAUCCUGGAGAGAGUGGUACAGAAAGUUCUCGAUGACCAGCAGAAUGUCCGUCCCAUCAAGGAGCUGCUGCAGACGCUCUACGUCUCGCUGUGUGGUCUUGUUCAGGACAUGGGCAAAUCCGUCCUGGUGGGGAACAUCAACAUCUGGGUGCACCGCAUGGAGAACAUCAUGCAGUGGCAGCAGCAGCUGGACAACAUCCAGAUCAACAGGCCCACAUCUACAGGCAUGACUCUGACUGACCUGCCUGCCAGUCUGCAGCUGAACAUCAUGCAGUGCCUGUCGGACGGCAGGGACCUGGUCAGCCUGGGCCAAGUGUGCCCCGAGCUGGGAGCCCUCACUGAGGACCGGCUGCUUUGGAAGAGACUCUGCCAGUACCACUUCACAGACAGACAGAUCCGAAAGCGCCUGAUGGUGUCAGAUAAAGGUCACCUGGAGUGGAAGAAGAUGUACUUUAAGCUGAGCCGCUGCUACCCUCACAGAGAGCAAUACAGUGACACCCUGCACUUUUGCACACACUGCCACAUCCUGUUCUGGAAGGACACAAACCAUCCCUGCACAGCCAACAACCCAGAAAGUUGCACCAUGUCCCUCUCCCCUCAAGACUUUAUCAACCUUUUCAACUUCUGAUCCCUCCGCACCAAAAAUCCAGAUGAACUGACUGUACAUACUGUACAUAGAAAUGUACAAUAUUGUUUUUGUUUUAUAGCACAAGCAAUUCCUGGAUGUGUAUUUAGUUGAGGUAUGACUGGAGGGGGCUCAGGCAGCGGGACAAUUAUGCAAUCGUGUUUCUUUUGAAAGAGUACAGAGGCUCCUGGGAGAGCUCGCUGUUGAAAGUGAGUGAAUGUGACUGAGAGGAAAAGAGGUGUAGGAGCAGUCGGCCUGUGGGUGGAGGAGGGAAGAGCAGUGGAUAAAGGGAACACUCAACUCAGUCAACUUAGUCUUAGUUUCAUGUGUUUUUUUGAAAUUACACCUCCAAAGUAAACCUGACAGUAGACGUGCACACUUGUUUUCCCUGAUUUGGAGAAUUUGGUCUUAUUUUUUGUUUUGCAAGCCUUUUGUCCUUUUUUUUCAACACGGGAAGUAGGAAGAUUAUUCAAACCUGUUUGAUGUUUGAAAUUGUGAUCUUGUUUAAUAUAUUACAAGGCCUGCUCACAUGGGGGCGAUGCAAUGUGUCAGAUGAAGUUUGCAGUAAUGUUGUGUUUGGCACUGGGACAGAGAAAAGUAAAUCUGGAGCUGCUGCAGCACCCAAGGGAUAAUGGAUGUAAGCAAAGGGAGUCAGUUAUUGUUCAUUAGACUGAGUGAUGAUUCUUUGAUACGUUGACACACCUCAGUAUGUUUUCUAUUUUUCUUUGUCGUUUUUCACUUUUAUAAAGAUUUGAUGGCUCUUUUGUAUUAAUUGUGUUCAUUUUCUGCUGUAGCUGCUAUAGCGACAGCACCUGAGUGACGUAUUACCAAAGAUAUUGAAGUCAAUGUAACAAUGGUGUGUGCCUUAUCAUGAAACUUGAAAACCUGGUACAGCUUAAUCCUUGUUUGCGAUCUUUUCCGAUCCCGAUGCUGUCUUUAUCAUUAUCAACAAAUGUCUCAUUCACAGAAGAGUGAUAUUUAAGAUCUGAGACCCUGAUACCAAAGUUGAGUGUCUGAAAGAUCUUAUUUUUCUGUAGCCUCCUGCAUGAUUUUUCUUUUGUAAAACACCCAGCUGAUUGAGUUUACGUAUUUAUUGAGAUUCUGGCAAGUGGCUGAACUUGCAGUAUUGGGUUUGAAAGGAUGGAAAUAUUGGUAUAAAGGUGCAAUUUAACCCAGACUUUCCUCUAUCACUGCUCAGACAGUGGGGAUUGAUGUACAUGCUAUGCAAUGCGCUCUGUUUAUGUUCUGUUGAAUAAAUAAAAUAACUUCUG